AUGAUCCAAGGCAUCUUCUACGCUCGCUUCUUCCCUCAAGAAGGUCCCAAAAUCGUCGCCCAGGCUCCUCCCGGCUGCAUCACGUCCUCCGACGGCCAGCGGCCUCCUCUCGUCGACUUUGACGUCCUGCAAGAGUACAUCAUCCCCCGCCAGGCCUUCUGCAACCGCUAUGUCACCAUCAACUCUCCCGACGGCAAAUACACCAUCCUGGGGUUCCCCGUGGCCAUUCGGAAUCCAAAGUAUAUGCGCAAUGAGUUCAUCUUCAACUUUGGCCUGCUGGUCGAGGCCGAGUGCGACCAGACCCCGUAUGAGCGCGUCGUGAGGUGUCUGGCCGAGACAUUUGCCGAAAUGGAGAAGCAGAAUGAGUACCUGAGCUUUAGUGAGGCAAAUGGCCCGGAUGGCGACGGCUCGAGGAGGCCGAUUGUGAGUUUGCUUGAGAUUGUCAAGGAGGACUUGAAUAACUACGGAGAGUGUAUGAUUCCAGUUGAUGAAGCAAGCACCAUCAAUAUGAAGCUCUUCCCCCACCACACAAACCCCCCCGCCGUCCAGGGCUGGCACGUCCCCGUCGCAAAGACCAAAUUCAACGACAUCAUCGAUCCAACGUGGGACAUCACCCUCCUAAAAGUCGUUGCCAAAAUCGACGGCGUCUCCGACGUCCGCCGCAUCGCCCACGAGGCCUCCGUCUCGCUCGAUCUCGCCAAGAUCGCCAUCCGCCACCUGCUCUACUACGACACCAUCCUCCUCCUCGACAUCUUCUUCUUCGGCUCGUGCUACGCGCCCCGUCCGGGCAUCCACGACUUCAUCCGCAACGUGGACGGCAUCGUCGACGAAUGCGCUAGCUACGUGUCUCACGGCAGGGCGCGGGUCAGCAAUUACCUGCUCAUCCGGUUCAUGGCGGCUUUUGCGCCUGGAAAAAGCGUCAAGGAGUGGAUCUACAUUCAUAGGGAGAUGGGAUUUGAACUCAUGUCUUAUAUCGACAUUAGGCGUUUUGUGCAAUUUGGCGUCAUCAAGGGCUGUCUCUACCGCGUGCACAAGUAUGUUGUUUCAAAGCAGUACUUGGCCUCGCUGGCAUCGGGACAGAGCAAGCCGCUGGCUGGAGGAGAUCCGUUACAGAAAUAUACGGAUGGAUGCCACAACAUGGAUCAAAUCAUGACAGAACAGAACUUGACCAAUGAUCAGGUCAUGGAAAGACUAAAGGCAUUGCCUGUUCCCAGAAGCGACAUCGUCGUGUUUUACAAAUAA